AUGCUUGAUGGAAAUUUAGUUCAAGAAAAUAGAUCUGGCAGUCAGAAAGUGACUUCAGAACAGCUGAUGAUCCAACAAAUGAGCUUGAUGACUCAAAUGAUGGGAAUUAUGGCUGGAAACAUGCAGAAAAAAGACUCGAUGGAAGAAAAAAUCGCUGAAGAAUCGGAAGUUACUAGAAUUCCUGUCCGCAACUCUAUGUAUCGCCGUUCUCAAAGUGCAACGCUACGGCAAAUUUCACCACGCUCCGAAAGCGAAAAGUUCAACCGGGAACUCAACCGUUGCAACGGCCUUCCACUUUUAGAGCUGCCUGGAAGUAGCUCCGCGACUCCAAGAUCGAAUGGCAAAGAAAAUGCAAACCCGAAAUUCACUCGUUCUCAGUCAGAGCCAGUUCGUGUUCCACCACUGCGACAAAAAACAGUAGUUCAAGAGCCAAAGCCUAGGAAGGCUACGAAGGAGUUUACCUUUAUCCAGUUACCAGGAGUUGGGGAAGAGAAAGAAAAAGCUAAAGAAGGUGGACGAAAUCUGAGACUCGUCGAGUAUAAUUCUGUUGCUAGAUAUUUGGCGCAGAAGGAAGAUCAAACACGAGUGAGAAAGUGCGUUUUACUCGACGGUCAGAACAUGGGACACGUGAACAAGCCAAAAACCCUCCCCGAAAAGCAGGAAAAGACGAAGCCCUCCGUUCUAGUCCAAUCAGAGCCCAAAUCACCUCACCACAAGCGAGUUCCACAAAAGUCAGUCCUUCAGCAUCAAGAUGAAAAACCCUUUAACAGAGAAGAGUUCAAAGCUGAUUUUGAGCAAAUUGGCGCAGAAAUUCGCCGCCAAUUUGAGCAAGCACAGCGAGAAGUUCAACAGAUGCACAUUGAGCAGAUCAAGAAACAAGCUCGUGAAUCGAUUCCAGCUCCUAUUCCCGCUGAAAAUCAAAAGCAUGCUUCGCCAGAGCCAGUUCCCGUGCUUCGUUCUGCCUCAAAGUCGUCGCUGAAGAGCAAUGACUCCGGCAAAGAAACGCUCAAGAAAUCCAUCUCGUUCCACGAAUCGAUCAAAACCGACAGUAAGACGUACAGCAAAUCGUCCGAUCAAAGCAUCGAGGGCCUAGCUGAGCAAGUUACUGCUGAACUUGAGGCGCUGCGGCAGACGCCCGAUUUGGGCAUUGAUCUCAGCGAGCUGAAUAGUUUACAAAAAGACAUCGAGCCAAUGUCACCUUCGAGACCGAAGUUUGAAACAGAAAUGGAGACGAAGUCUGCUCGAUCGGGGCGACUAUCGCAGAGAAGUAGAGGAGUUACUGCUUCUUCAGAAAGAAGAAAAGAUCAGAUACUGACUGAAAACAACUACCUCCGGGAAAAUGAAGCUCUUCACAUGGCAAAAGAAGUCUUAUCGCCUGAAAAAAGUCCACCAGUCAAAUCAGCGUCAAAUAGCACGGCGAAAAAGAGCCCAAAGAAGUCCCCACCGAAAGGCUCCUCCUCUAGAUCGUCUUCUGCCGACCGAGUGUACCGAAAUUCAACACGGGGACCUCCAUCGUCGCGUCCCUCCUCUUCGAAGACGCAGAUUACUAUCGAUCCGUAUCGACGUCCGGGCAAUGCAACGAAUCCGGCAAACGAGCCCAAGUGGAGAGAACGCACCAGGAUGGAAAUGGCUCGCGGAACCGGUUUGUACUCGAGCACGAUGAAACGAAGUCCGUCAAAGCCUACUGUAGCUCCUGCUGCGCCAAAAACUUCAAAAGAGCUAAUUGGAAUGACUGCCGCGCCGAAGGUCCGAUCUGUAGCGCAAAUUCUCGAGAUGACGAAAGUCUCCGUGUCAGAAUUCAUGAAUACGGAAGACGUUCCCGCUCCGUAUCAGGACGAUGACGAGCUGGAACUGUCCCGCCACGAGUUUUACGAAGCAGAAGAAGACGAAGAGCAGUUUUCGACGAUUCCGCCUGAAGACGGCAUGGGUGGACAUCGCUCGCCUUCAGUCGAAUCUGGUCUCAGUUCUAUUUACUCGCUUCUCAACGAAGUGGACAACGAUUACUACCGCUACAUGAACGAUUCCUAG